UGCGGUAACUUGCCCACCCCUAGGUCCGCCCGAGGAGGACGGAGAGGCGUCCGUGGGCAGGAGAGACGACGUGGAAGAAUGAGAGGUGAAAGAGCACCGCUCGUACAUAUUUGAAUGGAUAAGACACGGUUGUUUGUGGUGACUGGCGGCGUCCAAAUUCCCCCGUGUAUGCAGCAAGAGAAAUGAAUAUUCAAGCUCGACUCCGAUCCAUCAUCACCGAUCCCUCCCUUCGCUCCUCGUCUCCGUCUCCAUCUUCUCAUUCCCACCACCAUUGUUAUCAAUCUUCCAGCCGCCGGUGCUCUCUUUUGGCUCCACCUCACUGCUCCAGAAACCCCCCUCCACCACCUCGAAACGGCGACGGUCAGGGGUGAUAAAUCCUCGACUGACUGGGACAAGGCUUGGUCCAAGUUCAAGAAACAGGGGAAGAAAACCUUGUUCUCACAGUUCUCCCCAAACAAGUAUGUGACGUGGAACCCCAAGCCUUCAGACUACCCGCUGUCGGAAGAGGUCGAUCCCAUCAAGAGAACUGAGAGGUCGAACCUCAGGCUGUGGACGAGUCCAAGGUUCACCCUCGUUGGAGCCAUUGUCAUAGUUUCCUUCCUUCUCAUCUACACCAUUCUUGCGCCACUCAAGUGACUUGACUUGACUUGACUUGAUCCAGCCAAUAUUGUUUUCGUGCGCUC